AUGCUGAAAAAUUUACCAACAUCGACCAGCAUGCUAAAUCUGUGCCGACCUUUGGUGGCUCGUCAGUUUCCCUUGCAGCCGUUUAUAAGACUAGUCACAACUGCGCAACUGGCGAAUCGGAUUCCAGGCGACAGGUAUUACGAAAUCAAGGAUAAUGUGGACGAUUACCUUUACUACAAAUCGCUGACCCCAAGAGUUAGAGAUAUCGUGUACACGAAAGAUGACCACUUAGCGAUGCUGAACAGAAACGCGAUAGAUCUUGAAGGAAGACCACUGACACCAAAACCGGUUCCCGGGGCACCAUCAAGACUGAGAUUUUCUUUUUUCAUCGAUGGACUGUUACUGCCUGCAGAGCUCGAUGAUCUAUUUCCUGUAAUAACCAAGCUCGAUUUGCAUGCUCCCGAACUUCUCAACGAGAUGGUGAUAAAGUCAUUCUUGUACAAGGCAGCUGAGUUUAACAAGUUGUCAGACGCUUUGAGUCUUGUGUUUCAGCUGGAAACUUAUAAAUCCAAUCUUAGAUUCAACCAAACCGUAUCCGAGGCUGUCAUUUUAUUGCGAGCUCUAGAGGUUGAGAAGAGUAAGAUCACGUCUUUACAAUGGUUCAACGUGAAAACCAGAUUUGUUAGAAGACCAGACCGCAAACACCGAAAGAAGGUGAACGAGCCAAGCUCCUUGUUGACUGAACUUUGCGGAUUUAUCAACCUCGAAAGAGCCCAGGUGGAGACAUUUGGAGAGCCAGAUGCCUUGGUCACUAAGGCCGUUGAAAAGACUUUUGAUAGAUUGCAAGGCUUUGCUGGAUUCAACAUUGCAGACUUCAAGAAAUCCAACUUGAUCAAGAUGUACUACGGUCUGGAGCAUAUUUAUACUAUCACCAAGUAUCUUUCGCAUUGUGUUGCUAGAGCACCAGAGCUACCAUAUUCAUCCAAGUAUUCUGACCUUGUGAAACAGAACGAAGCAUUUAUUUCGGAAGCAGAGGCUUUGCAGCAGAAGAUCGGCAAGAAGGAGACGCAGCUCGAAAAGCUCGAGGCGCUCAAGUUUGAACGGAAGAGAAAACUUGCAGAAGAGACCGAAGAAGCCGACAAGACUGAGUAA